CCAAUCAAAGCAAAGAAAAUUUUUAUAUAGACCCUCGCUAAUGGAUCAUUACUGUAAUUUUGAACGUCAUCUGGUCAUAGUAUUAGUUACUAAGCAAUUCAAAAUUCAAAUUAAUUUUGGAUGUUCGAAUUACAUAUGCAAAAAAAAAUGUGUAUUUUAGUGAAUAACGUUUUUAUAUGAAAUUAUUCACUUUUUACGUGUAUAUCAUUCGAUACGUAGUGUAAAUAUAUAUUAAAAUAUGGCGUACUUUAAAAAUACGUAAAUGUAUGUGCCUUUAUUCUUAAUAAUUGUUGUUGGACCUUAGCAUCGUCCGGAGUCUAUUUUAUAAGAAAUUACAUGUUGUUGUUAUAUUUUAUAUCAUUUAUUGUAACGUAGUUUAUGUAUUUUAUGAAAUAUUUACAAUUAGUUGUGCAAUAACUCAACUUAUUUUGUGCAAUAUGUUAUCCAUCCCAGCAAGCCAUAUUAAUUACAUGAAGAGACAAUUGAUUAAACAAAAGAAAAUACAAACACUGUGGCAAAUAUCAAGAAAUAUAUCUACACAAAAAGAUGAAGAAUAUCAAUAUAUUAAGAAAAGCAAAACACCCACAAUGCACUUUCAGCCAUCGUUACCACGAUUGCCUAUUCCGAAGCUCGAGGAAACAUGCAAACGAUAUUUGAGAGCACAGAAGCCUUUAUUAUCUACUGAACAGUUCAAAGAAACUUCAUCCAGUGUCAAUGAAUUUAUUCUUAAAGAUGGCAUCGAUGUGCAUAGUAAACUUGUUCAAAAAGAUAAGAAAAAUCGUUGCACUAGCUAUAUCAGCGAACUAUGGUUCGAUAUGUAUCUUCGAGACCGUAAGCCAUUACCCAUUAAUUACAAUCCUUUCUUAGUUUUUGUACCGGAAGACAAAUCAGAAUACGAUGUUCAAUUAGUAAAAGCUACAAAUCUAAUUAUCUCGUCAUUAAGAUUUUUGAAGUCAUUGAAAGAGAACGUAUUACCACCAGAGGUGUUUCACUUGAAUUCUAAAAAAUCUGAUACUGAUUUAUUUCACACUGUUACAAGACUGCUUCCAUCCAAAGUCAGUUGGUACGGAGCAUAUCUGUUUAAUGCUUACCCCUUGGACAUGUCGCAAUAUCACAAUUUAUUCAAUACAACAAGAUUACCAAAAUUAGACAAAGAUGAGAUUUACCACGAUAAAUCUGCACGACAUAUAGUUGUUAUGCGAAAAGGGCAUUUUUAUUGCUUCGAUGUAGUAGAUGAAAAUGGCUACAUUUAUGAACCGAAAACAAUAGCAACGUGUAUAAAGACUAUUUUAGAAGAUGACAGAGCACCCAAUAAAAGUCCAAUUGGUAUACUAACAACUGCCGAACGUAAUCUGUGGGCUAACACGAGAGCACAUUUGUCGCACAUUGGUAAUCAGAAGCUAUUACAAAGAAUAGAUACUGCUAUAUUCAUGAUGAUAUUGGACGAUUCAUAUACUGGUACGGACUAUAAUAAAUUAAUUAAAACGUUUCUCCAUGCGGAUGGAACAAACAGGUGGUUCGAUAAAUCAUUUUCAUUGAUCGUGGCGCAAGAUGGAUACGCUGGAAUAAAUUUUGAACAUUCUUGGGGAGAUGGGGUAGCUGUACUCAGAUUUUUUAACGAUGUAAAGUCCGAUAUAUCUAAGAAACCAAGAUUCCAUCCUACUGAUAUCAAUCACCUUCAGAAAACAGAGAAUGUUGAAAAACUCGAGUUUGCUAUUGACAAUAAAAUACAGAAUAUUAUCGAUCAGCAAAAGAAAGACUACAAAGACUGGACACAACAAUUGAGUAUCGAUCAUGUGAUAUGUAACGAAUUUGGUAAAGACCAGUGCAAGAAAUUUGGAGUAAGUCCCGAUGCGAUUAUGCAAUUGGCAUUUCAGCUAGCUCUAUAUUACCAGAAGAAUUGUGUAGCGCCAACGUAUGAAUCUUGCAGUACUGCUGCUUUCAAACACGGACGAACAGAAGCUAUUAGAUCAUGUACAAUGGAAACAAAAAUAACUUGUGAGUCGAUGACUCGAAAAACUAAUAGUUUAACUAAGUCCGAAUUGAAACAAUUAAUAGUUAAUUGCAGUAAUGUUCAUAAUACGCUUACUAAAGAGGCUGCUAUGGGACAAGGAUUCGAUCGACAUUUGUUCGCGUUGAAAAAGAUCUAUGAACAAUCGAACACACCUAUGCCAAGAAUUUUUAGAGAUCCGGCUUACGAAUAUAUUAAUAAAAACGUAUUAUCUACAUCUACCCUUUCGAGUCCAGCCGUACUCGCUGGUGGAUUUGGUCCAGUGAUAGACAAUGGAUAUGGAAUCGGAUACAUGAUUCAAGAUCGAAGACUGGGAGCUAUCGUAACAAGUUAUAACAAAUACUGUGAUUCCAACGAGUAUGUCAAUUGUUUAGAACAGGCGUUUAAAAAUAUUCAUCAAAUAUUGACAUAGAUGAUAAUGGCAUUGUUGCAUAUUCGCGAUCAGUAUCGAUUAUUACAUCGAAAAUCGAUACUCAUACGAAUGUGUAUCGUUGAUAAUUAUAUACAUGCUCAUAUAUUUUUAUAUAUCGGUUUGAAGAACCUUUUUUACUGUUACCUAAACAAUAAAAGCCUAUAUCUUUUCUUGUA